GAAUGAAUUUAAUUUCCAUGGUAGUUCAAAUUAAUAAGAAAGAAAGAAGGUAUGGAGUAUGAUAUAAUGUAAUAUGGUUGAAUCUCAUUUAUGAACUUUUUUGUUGGAUAAUAGUGAGUGAAUUGAGGAGGGAAAGCCAAUGAAAAGGAAAGAUAACGAUGGCAAAGCUGUAAAAUGCGUAAACUGGGCCUGGCUGGCUUGCUGGGUCCUAGGAAUAUAAGCACAGCCAGAGAGGUGUAUAAAAAGGGUUAAGAUACAUAGAGUUACACAGAGAAAGAGAGAGAGAGAAAAGAGUUGCAGGGGAAGACCAAGAAAGAAGAAGAAGAAGAUGGUGAUGAAAAUGGAAGAAGGGAUUGAUGAUUACACAAAAGAUGGGACUGUAGACCUUAGAGGAAACCCUGUUCUCAAAUCCAAAAGAGGUCGAUGGAAAGCUUGCUCUUUUAUAGUUGUGUAUGAGGUGUUUGAACGGAUGGCGUAUUACGGGAUAUCGAGCAACCUGGUGCUUUACCUGACUCGGAAGCUGCACGAGGGCACGGUGACAUCCGCCAACAACGUCACCAACUGGGUUGGCACAAUUUGGAUGACUCCCGUCUUGGGCGCCUACGUCGCCGACGCCCAUCUUGGCCGCUACUGGACCUUCAUUAUUUCUUCCGCCAUUUAUUUCUCGGGGAUGUCUCUACUAACCCUAGCAGUAUCAGUCCCUGGACUAAAACCACCUCCUUGCUGUGAAUCAAUUAAUGGAGGAGGAGACUGUAAAAAAGCUUCAACUUUACAGCUAGCCGUAUUCUUUGGCGCACUCUACACGCUGGCAAUUGGAACCGGCGGAACCAAGCCUAAUAUCUCGACAAUGGGAGCUGAUCAAUUAGAUGACUUUGAUCCCAAGGAGAAAUCACUCAAGCUCUCAUUCUUCAACUGGUGGGUGUUCAGCAUUUUCUUUGGAACACUUUUUGCCAACACAAUUCUUGUGUAUAUACAAGACAACGUGGGUUGGACUUUGGGCUAUGCUCUUCCGACCCUUGGCCUUGCUGUAUCAAUCUCCAUCUUCUUGGCCGGCUCACCCUUUUACAGACACAAACUCCCGACUGGCAGUCCUUUCACCAAGAUGGCUAGAGUCAUUGUUGCUGCUCUCAAGAAAUGGAGUCUCCCUCUCCCCACCGAUCCCACACAACUCUAUGAACUUGAUUCUGAAGAGUAUGCCAAGAAUGUCAAAUUCAAGAUUGACCCAACUCCAACCUUGAGGUUCCUCAACAAAGCUUCAAUCAAAACAGGUUCAAUUGAUCCAUGGAUCUUGUGUUCAGUCACAGAAGUAGAAGAAACCAAACAGAUGAUUCGAAUGUUACCCAUCUUGGUUUCAACGUUUGUUCCGAGCACAAUGAUGGCUCAGGUUAACACCCUUUUCAUAAAACAAGGCACCACUCUGAACAGACGUGUCGGCAACUUCAACAUACCACCAGCCAGCUUAGUUGGAUUUGUGACAGCGUCUAUGCUUGUCACCGUUGUUUUAUAUGAUAGAUUGUUCGUGAAGAUAAUGAGAAGAUGGACCAAGAAUCCCAGAGGAGUUUCUCUGCUGCAAAGAAUGGGAAUUGGCAUGACUCUACACAUCAUGGUUAUGACAACUGCAUCUUUCAUGGAUAGAUACAGACUGAGUGUAGCUAGAAAAAAUGGGUUGAUUGAAAAUGGAGGUCAAGUUCCGUUGACCAUAUUCAUUUUACUACCUCAGUUCAUUCUGAUGGGGGCAGCAGAUGCUUUUCUAGAGGUUGCAAAGCUUGAAUUCUUCUAUGAUCAAGCACCUGAGAGCAUGAAAAGUCUGGGUACUUCAUAUUCCACAACCACGUUGGGCGUCGGGAAUUUUAUCAGCAGCUUUCUUCUUUCCACAGUUUCUGAGAUAACGCAAAGCCAUGGUCGCCAAGGAUGGAUUCUGAACAACCUAAAUGCUUCUCACUUGGACUAUUACUAUGCAUUCUUCGCCAUACUCAACUGUGUCAACUUCCUUUUCUUCUUGUUUGUCGUUAGGUUUUAUGUGUAUAAGGCUGAAGUUUCAGAUUCCAUGGACGUGCUUGCCAAACAAUUGGAGCUCAUGUCCAGUGUCAAGGAAUCCAACCAACAACAGCUUAAGCCAUCGCUAGUCCAAUAACGAAUUUAUAAUUAUGUAUAUGUAUACAGUCAACAAUAAUUGCAGCUUGUGUAAAUUCAAGGGGAAAGUAAACGUAACUUAGUUAAUUAAGCAAUUAUGCUAAUGCCUAUGAUAGCUUUUGAUCGGUGCAA